CUCUAUGUUGUUUCCCUACCCUCGCAGAUGUUAACUGAUGAAGUGGUUUCUCUCGUUUCGGUUCCAUGGACUUUUCUUCCAAGAUAGUUUUUGGCUUUACACUUUAUGAAGUCCAAUUGGUAGAUGCAAUCCAAGCCUCUGGCGGGCAGAAGACAUCUAAUGGCAAGCGCUUUAGAGAAGGUGGUGGGAUCUUAUGGAACAUUAUCAAACUGCGUGAACCAAAUGCUUACCAAGAGAUAAUGAAACAGGGCAAGGAGUUUGAGAAGCAGCUCAGGCAAGUUUCUAAGAGCAAGCCAGGAACAAAAGAAGCGACUUCCCAUAGAACCUCUUGUGCCACAACCAACCAAACUCUACCCGAACUUAUUGUGAGUAGAAUGCCGCCUGUGAGAUUUGCUCCCCCUGAAGAUGUACGGAUGCCUGUGAGAUACGAUGAUCUGUAUGGAGAAGAACACGGAAAAGAUAUACGGUAGAGUGCUAUUUGCGAUUAAACUACGGACUUGUAGAUUCCAAUUCCUUUAUAUAUAUAUAUACUUCCAGUUCCCCUGUGGGAUGGGGAAAUGCUUUUUGUUUGUUUAUUUCUUAUGCCGGUUUUACAAAGGCUAUGCUUUUUGUUUCACCU